CGAGGGAAUAUAACCCUCACCAGCCUAAACCUGAAGACAAAAUUUGCAAUAUGAUGUCUUUCCCAUGAUUGAGAAGAAGAAAAUAUCUGGUAUUUUUAUCUACAAUUCAUUGCCAUUAUAUUUUAUUGUAUAUUUGAUUAGAUCCUUGCUGUCAUUGUACUUGGGUGGCUCAAUUGUUAGUAGAUCAAAUGUCGCGUCUCACCAUCACGAUUGCAUUGUCUUCUGCUUUCUUUGCCCUAGCAAUUGUACUCCAUAUUAUUUAUACCUAUGGCCUGUUUGAAAUAUAUGCUUUGAGCUCUAAAUUUCCCAAAGGGAACCUUCACGAGCUUCAGAGCGAACUAAAGCAAUUGCAUGAUGACUCGUUAAUUACACCAAAGAAUGAAGCCACGCAUCUCCUCGGUGUGGGAAAAGCUGAUAUUACUGGCCCGGUCGUGGAGAUUAAUAUGAUGGGAUAUGCUGACCCUAAGCAAGUGGGCACGGGGCUACGACAGAGGCUGUAUUCCAGAGCUUUCAUAGUCGGAGAGAUGAAUAAUACGUCUAACCGAUUUGUAUACCUUGUACUUGAUACGCAGUCUGGAGAUACUGCGGUACGAUAUGGCAUCUUGGAAGGAUUAGCAAACCUCGGGCCUCAGUAUGCCAUGUAUGGACACAACAACGUAGCGGUUACCGGAACCCAUUCUCAUUCUGGCCCUGGGGCAUGGUUAAAUUAUCUUUUACCUCAAAUCACGAGCAAGGGCUUUGAUAAGCAGAGCUACCAAGCAAUUGUUGAUGGAGCUUUGCUUUCCAUCCGAAAAGCCCAUGAGAGACUGACCCUCGGCCAUCUCUCCGUCGGGAGCAUUGAUAUUCUCGAUGCCAACAUAAAUCGAAGCCCAUAUGCAUAUCUCUCCAAUCCAAAGGAUGAGCGCAACCGCUACAAACAUGACGUUGACAAGGCGUUGACGCUACUCAAAUUCCAACGAGCGUCAGAUGACAAGACCAUGGGCGUCCUCACGUGGUUUCCCGUCCAUGGAACGGCGAUGCUUGGCAACAAUACUCUUAUUUCCGGCGAUAACAAGGGAGUGGCAGCAUACCUAUUCGAAAAGGACAUGCAUAAUUCAAGCGAUGCCUCAGAGGAAUUUGUUGCUGGCUUUUCGCAGGCCAACGUUGGUGACACUUCGCCAAAUGUUAAUGGAGCAUUCUGUGAAGAUGGGUCUGGGCUACCAUGUGACUUUCAAGACAGUACGUGUGGAGGGAAAAAUGGUGCAUGUCACGGGAGAGGCCCAUUCUUUGGCGAAAAUGACGGCGGUACGAAAAGCUGUUUUGAGAUUGGCAAGAGACAGUUUCUUGGAGCAAAGAAGCUCUAUGAUGAUCCACAUGCCUUUACAGCCAUUCAUACAGGCACCGUUAGAUCACUACACUCCUUUGCCAACUUCUCCAGUUUUAGCUUUUCCCAUCCCAACGGUAGUAUCGUCUCUACAUGUCCCGCGGCACUAGGGUACUCAUUUGCAGCCGGGACCACUGAUGGGCCUGGCGCAUUCGACUUUAAGCAAAACAACUCGGACGCGCCGAAUGCCAAUCCAUUGUGGGCUGUAGUCCGCAACUCAAUUCACGAACCCAGCGAGGCUCAAGUCCAAUGUCACGACCGCAAGCCAAUUCUUCUCGACGUUGGCGAGACAACAGAACCGUAUCUGUGGACGCCAAAUGUAGUCGACAUUCAACUUUUCCGUGUCGGCCAACUCAUCAUUAUCGUCAGCCCAGGUGAAGCGAGUACCAUGGCGGGGCGCCGGUGGAGAGAAGCUCUGGCCCAUGAAUCUGCUGCGUUGCGUCUUACUGAUAACGACGGCAUCACCGAUGCACAGUCAAGCUCAGAGGAACUCGACUCAUCAGCCAGCAACAUGCUCGUCGUCCUUGGUGGCCCGGCAAAUAGUUAUGCGCACUACAUCACUACCGAAGAAGAGUACGGCGUACAGCGGUACGAAGGCGCAUCAACGCUCUACGGCCCGCAUACUCUUAAUGCAUAUAUUAACCUUACUCUCUCCUACCUGCCUUAUCUCGAUGCCUCGGCAACGGGCCAUCCAGGCCAGGGCCCGAGUCCGCCAAACCACGUUAAUAAAUCACUGAGUUUUAUACCCGGCGUAGUAUACGAUCGUGCGCCGCUGUUCAAGUCGUUUGGGCAGGUCCUGAACGAUGUGGACUCCAAGGUGUACCGAGCCGGGGAUUCAGUCAGCGCCUCAUUUGUAGGUGCGAAUCCGCGAAAUAACCUCCGUUUGGAGAACACAUAUGUUGCGGUUGAGCGAAAGAUACCUACUGCCGCAGGCACACAGGAAUCGGAUGCAUCUGGCGAGACAAAGACGGGCAGCACUGUCCAGCCUGGCCCUCAUAGUGGCGGAGCUGGAGAUCCAAAUGAUGAGAUUCGCAAGCCACGACGGAAUAGAUAUAUCGACCACAAUUGGGUCACUGUGCGAGACGACGCAGAUUGGUCCCUCGUGUUUGAAUGGCAAAGAAAAAACACUGUCCUGGGAACCAGUGAAGCCGUUGCAACUUGGGAGAUUGAGGAUGAUACACCUGCUGGUACGUAUCGCCUGCAUUAUUACGGCGAUGCAAAAUCGCCCGUAUCGGGAACAAUUACGCCAUUUGAUGGCGUGAGCGGGGAAUUUCAUGUACAGUGAUUAUGUUCUGGCACUCUUGUAUAUAUAUGCAUUAUAAAUGACAACUUACGUUGGAUUUUCUGACU